GUUCAUUCUACUCGGCGGACUCGCGGAGUUAUAAGAGGUAGAAUAAUUUAGAAGAGCUACAACGUGGAAAACAGGAGCAAGCACAUAAUUCCGCCCGAAACGUAUACGUAUACACGAAAUAAUGGAUAACAAGGAUCAACCGCAAAGCUCGGAUGAAGACAUGCGCGAAUUACUUCGCCAGAUGCAAAGAACAACUACUUUACUGGCAGAAAGACUGGCCUAUUCCCAAGGAACCCCUGCCAGAGACAUUCUGCCGGGGACAUCCUCUCAGGGACAUCAUGCCACGGACAUCCUGCCAGGGACAUCUUCCUCAUCCCUUAUCCCCCCCUUUCACUCUUCUCUCCCAACUUUAACAUCCACUCCAUCGUGCUUCCGGACAAACUCAACCCGUUGGCAGCCUUAUCCCUCUACCUCAGGUUUUUUGAGCAGCCAGGAAUCAUCAAGGGAAGAUGGCAUCCAAGUGAAUCUUUCUAGGCUUUUUAGGCCAUAUAAUUCAAAUCCAGGGCAGGGGGGCUCCAAGGGGAAAUAUCUUAAAAAGAAAAGAGAAGUACCCUGGAGCCAUUAUUUUUUUUGUCUCUCAGAACCAGAAAGCAAUUUUGUGCCUAGUCUUGAGGACACACAGGUUCUCGAGGAAUGUGGCCUGGGGCGCAAAUUGCUAACUUUUUCAAGUAACACUGGCAGCCAUUCAGAGUUAACUGAAUGCCUUUACCAGGCAUACCCACUACUUGGAGAUGCAGGGGGGUACGUCUUAGCCAGGAGUGACCGCAGAAGGGAGUUAACCAACAUCCCAAUGCCACCUUCAGGCUACUCUGUUCCCUAUGUAAGACAUUACUGCAAAGGAAAACGGACUCCUAUUUACAUUAUUCCCCUACAGAAACAAAUUGAGCUGCAACCUAAAGAAUAUGUUCCAUCUGUCAUGCAGGAGUGUUUCACAUGCAAAAGCCACAUCAUGCUUUCUCAUCUGGCUGAACACCUUGAAAAAUGCAAAUGCAAAGAUGCUAACACAAAUUCUGAAGAAUCGAAGGAUUCAGUCAGCCAAUCAGAGAAUAGUUCCAGUGAUGAUGAAGCAGUGCUAUUGGCAAUUGAACUAUCUUUACAGGAUUGUGUGACCACAGAACAAUCAACAGCAGAUGGGUUAAACGAGGCUGGAACUGAUCCAUCUUGUGUUGCACCUCAAAAUGAAGUCCUACUACCAGUUGUUAUCUCAAGUGAUGAAGAGGACACGCAUGAUAACAGGAUUUCUGGUGAACACCAACUUAAUGAAAUGUGCCCAUCCCAGCCAACAACAGCAAACAUGCCAGAUUUGGAAACUGCAUUGCGAAGACUGGAGGACCAGCUGGACCCUGGACUUCCACCAGUGUCCAACUACAUCAAUGUUAUGCGUGAUACGGUGCUGCCAAGCGCAAUGAGGGCAUUUGCUCGCCAACGUUUUGCGCCACAAAGAAGGCUUAAUGUCAUUUUCGUGGAUGCGGAAAACACCGGGGAGGGAGCAGUAGAUGCUGGAGGUCCCACAAGAGAAUUUUUUAGAUUACUCAUGGUGGAGCUGAAGAACAGCCAUUACUUCUGUGGCGCCGAAGACAUAAAAAAUUUGGCUUUGGUGUCUCGAGCUGUGCAGGCAGGAGAGUACAGAAUACUUGGGAAGAUGCUGGCUGUAUCAGUAGUCCAUGCUGGAGUUCCUCCAUCAUUUUUUUCUGAAAGACUCUACAGUCUUAUCUCCCACUGUCCCAGUCCUCCUGUCGACCUGGAAGAAAUAGACGACUGGGAAGUGAGGCAGAUGCUUCAGAAGAUCAAGAAUGCAGAAACGUUGGCGGAAGCGCAGGAGGGGUUGAUUGAUGCUUCGGCUACUAUGACACUUCUUGGACGCUCCACCCUCCUGAGGAGUCUGCAUGAAAAAGAUGCCCUUGUGGAAGAAGCUGCAAAAGCAUAUGUUGAAGGCCGGCUAAAAGAAGCAUUGGAACAGUUGACUGAUGGGUUGAAGACCCUGGGUCUCUCUGACGAAAUUAAGGCAAAUCCACAAUUGAUGAAACCACUGUUUACAAGUGGUUUUAAGCCACUUGAGGUGGAUGACCUUUUGGAACUUUUUAUGGUAGAUUUUAGCCAGUCCGGCAGCAAUAGGCGGAGUAUAGAAAAUCGAACAGUGAUGUUUUGGAGGGAUUGGCUCGUAGAGGUUGGAGAGGGGAGCAGGCCGGUGACUCUCCAAGAAAUCCUGGUUUUCACCUCUGGUGCGGACAGGAUACCACCUCUGGGUUUCCCCCAGAAACCAACAAUUCAGUUCCUACACCCUGAGGACCACGGAUUGCGUAUCUUCCCAGAGGCCAACACAUGUGAUGUGACCUUGCGUUUGCCUCUGCACCAGUUCUAUCCAAACUUCAGAAAGAAAAUGGAGUCAGGGAUACUUCAGUCUCCAACUUUUGGUUUUGCCUGAUUAUGUUGUUUUUUUCAUUAAGUUUUACCUUACAUUGUUCUUUUUUUAUGUUGUUUUAAAAAGUUAAAGAAAAAUCAUUUUUUGUUUUCGUUAACUUUUCAUUAUACAUGCAGUUUUGUUGUUGUUGGACCUAUUGAAAGUAUGGGCAAAUUGUUAAUUCUGAUUUCAAAGAUGAAACUUAAAUAAAGUUACAUUUUGUUGACCCAUUUACAUUUCUCACUAUUAAUUUGUUACCACUUAAUUAUCAUUUUUUCAUUGAAUUUUUUUGAAGUUAAAUAGGAGCAUGAUGAUUGAUUAAAUACAACCAGCAUUUGCAUAUUUGGGGAAUGACUACUGUGCAUCUGACGGUGUAUCAGCUGACGUCUGACUGCUGUGAUGAAGUCUAUGGGCCGCCUUUCGCCAUGAUGGAACCCUACGACUUUGUAACAACAAAUGCCA